AUGAGCACAACUCAGAGGAGUGAGAGCAUAAAUGCAUUUUUUGAUGGUUUAGUGAGGACCACGUUAAAAGAGUUCGUUGAUCAAUUUGAUAAUGCACUGAGGAAGGGAGGAGAGGCAGAGAUGGCAGCGGACUUCCACUCUUUCAACUGCAAUAUCCCAUGUAUAACUCACUUACCCGUGGAGAAGCAAUUUCAAGAUUUGUAUACUAAUUCAAAAUUUAAGGAGGUACAGUCUAAAGUAAUGGGGGUUAUUUAUGCUCAUUGUAUUCUUAUCAAGACGGAAUGGGCAAUUUCGACAUAUGAAGUUAAUGACCAGUUGCAAGUUGAAGGGUCCAUUAAAAGAGUUACAUAUAUGUCAUACUUUAAUGAAGAGGAGUGUGAAGCAAAGUGCAUGUGUGGACUAUUUCAUAUGAGAGGCAUUUUUUGUAGGCACAUUCUUGUUAUUUUCUCAGUAAAGGAUGUCCACUCAGUGCCUUCAAAGUACAUUAUGGAAAGAUAUGCUAAUUUGGUUAAGUUAUGCCUCAAAGUCGCCACAAAUGCUUGCGAGGAUGAUGAUAAUUCAGUGGAUAUGACACAGAAGUUAAAGACAAUGAAUUCAAUUUACACAAAAAACAACGAGCAACCUAUAUUUACGAAUACUAGUACUGAGGUUGGGGAUAUUGAAAUGGGAAGUUCGAAAAAAGUAUUAAGUCCUCACAUUGUUAGAGGUAAAGGGAGGCCUCCAUCAAUGAGGAGGGAACCGGCAAGUAAACUUCCGAAUGAGGUCUUGAGUGGCGCUUUAGCCACAGAUGAUGUCUUGAACAUGAGCGGCAUUGCGGGAACCACAUAUGAGGUGAUGAACAUGAGUGGCAUUGCGAGGAAUCACAGAUGA